AUGUCAUCCACCAAACGCAUCGAACAAUGGGAAAUCGACCGCUACUGGGAAAUCUUCACCUCCCUCUCCAACAACAGCACGCACCUCUCAGGCGCCCAAGCCGCCACGGUCCUCAAAAAUUCCCACCUCCGCGAUGACCAGCUCGAGCGAAUCUGGGACCUCUCCGACGUCGACGGCGACGGCCAGCUCGACUUCGAAGAGUUCUGCGUCGCCAUGCGCCUCAUCUACGACCUCAUGAACGGCGAGUACAUGGACGUGCCACGGACGCUGCCGGAUUGGCUGGUCCCGGAGAGCAAAGCGCACUUGGUACAGGCGGGGCGUGCGGUGAGUGGGGGAGGGGAGUCGUUUGGGAGGGUCGAUUAUGAGGAUGAGGAUGAUGGGAGUGGGUUGAAGGAUGGGUUUGAUUGGUACAUGUCGCCAUCCGACCGGGCGAAGUACGAGGAGAUAUACACGAGUUCGCGGAAUCCAAGGAAUGGGCUCAUAUCUUUCGAGGCGUUGUCGGAUCUGUACGAUUCUUUGGAUGUGCCUGAUACCGAUGUGCGGAGCGCGUGGAAUCUGGUGAAUCCGAAGAGUGAAGAGGGGAUCAACAAGGAUGCUUGUCUGGCUUUUCUGCAUAUCCUGAAUCACAGGCAUGAGGGCUACCGGAUCCCUCGAAGUGUACCACCGAGUCUGCGCGCAACAUUUGAGCAGGGCAAGAUCGAAUACAACAUCGACAGAGUGAAUGCGCAACAAAAGGCAGCAGAUCGAUGGGGCACGAAGCGAGAUGAUAGCACGUUGAGCGGAAAGAAGGCGAAGUUUGGGGAUUCGUAUUUAAGCCGACUGGGUGUUGGGGACAGAAAACCGAAAGGUACCGACUUCAGUGCCACGCCGCGGGAUGGAGAAUGGGAGGAAGUGCGGCUGAAGAAGCAGCUCAAAGACCUAGAAGACAAGAUUGCGAAGGUCGAGGACGGUGCAAAGAGCAGGCGCGAUCGCGGUGGGAGGAGAGAGGACUCGAAGCCAGCUCUUGUGAAGAGGGAACUGGAGCAGCUUUUGGAUUACAAGAGGCGAGAGCUGCGAGAUUUGGAGAAUGGAGAGGGCAAGGCGAAGACGGGGCAGAGCUUGAAGGCUUUCCAGGAUGAGACCGGGAUGGUCAAGGAGCAGGUUGAUGGCUUGCAGGAGCAUUUGCGUCAAAGAGAGGCUGCUCUGCAGGACUUGAGAGACCAGAUCGAGGCAGAGAAGGCGGGUUGA